AGCCCUCUACGUUCGUCAGCGGGAAAUCAACAUGGCUCCUUACAGGUGUUAAAGUCGAAUCAAGAACGAUUUGUAUGAUCAAUCCUUGCUAAUCUUGUCGAUUAUAGAGCAGAUAUACAUCUCCUUUGUGGGCUGAGGACAGACCUGAACCAUGUUUCUCUAUGCACUAACUCUUCAGCGAGCCACAGGCAUCGUCCAGUGCAUACAUGGAAACUUUGCUGGCACCAAGCAACAAGAGUUGGUGGUUGGACGGGGUAAACUCCUGGAGUUGAUCAAGAUAGAUCCCAACACUGGCAAGCUCUACACUGUACUAAGUCAUGAGAUAUUUGGGAUCAUCAGGACAUUAAUGCCUUUCAGGCUAACAGGAGGAAGUAAAGAUUUCAUAGUUGUUGGAUCAGACUCUGGACGUAUCAUCAUCCUUGAAUACAAUGCUGCUAAAAACUGCCUUGAACGGGUCCAUCAAGAGACAUUUGGUAAAAGUGGGUGUCGGCGUAUUGUACCCGGUCAGUUCCUGGCUGUAGACCCUAAGGGGCGUGCCGUCAUGGUGGGUGCGUUGGAGAAACAGAAGCUUGUAUACAUCCUGAACAGAGAUGCACAGGCUAGGCUGACCAUCUCAUCCCCUUUGGAAGCCCACAAAUCAAAUACCUUCUCAUUCCACAUUGUAGGGGUUGAUGUUGGCUUUGAGAACCCCAUGUUUGCGUGCUUGGAGAUUGACUAUGAAGAUGCUGAUAGUGAUCCUACAGGGGAAGCGGCCCUGGCAACCCAACAACUACUUACCUAUUAUGAACUGGACCUGGGGCUAAACCAUGUGGUUAGAAAAUACAGUGAACCAUUAGAGGAAUAUGGAAACUUACUUAUUGCAGUACCCGGAGGGAGUGAUGGUCCUAGUGGUGUAUUGAUCUGUUCUGAGAACUACAUCACUUACAAGAACUUGGGAGAUCAACCAGAUAUCAGGAUGCCAAUACCACGCAGACGGAAUGACUUGGACGAUCCUGAAAGGGGUAUGAUAUUUGUUUGCAGUGCGACCCACAAAACAAAGUCCAUGUUCUUCUUCCUGGCCCAAACUGAGCAAGGUGACAUCUUCAAGAUCACGUUAGAGACAGAUGACGACAUGGUGACAGAGAUACGCAUGAAGUACUUUGACACUGUUCCAGUUGCAACUUCCAUGAACGUCCUGAAGACAGGCUUCCUCUUCAUUGCAUCAGAAUAUGGCAAUCACUACCUGUAUCAGAUUGCCCAUCUUGGAGAUGACGAUGAUGAGCCUGAAUUCAGCAGUGCUACACCCCUUGAGGAAGGGGAUACCUUCUUCUUUGCACCUCGUACCCUCAGAAACCUUGAAGAGGUGGACCAGUUGGAGAGCCUUUCUCCUAUUCUCGCUUGUCAGAUUGCAGACUUAGCCAGUGAAGACACUCCUCAGCUCUAUGUAGCGUGUGGUAGAGGACCAAGGUCAUCCAUGAGAGUUCUAAGGCAUGGAUUAGAGGUAUCUGAAAUGGCUGUAUCAGAGCUUCCUGGUAACCCCAAUGCUGUAUGGACUGUCAAGAAGAAAUCAGAUGAUGAGUAUGAUGCUUACAUCAUUGUGUCUUUCGUCAAUGCCACCCUGGUUCUCUCCAUCGGUGAGACGGUAGAAGAAGUGACAGAUUCUGGUUUCUUGGGUACCACACCGACCCUCUCAUCAUCACUUAUAGGAGAUGAUGCACUCUUACAGAUCUACCCAGAUGGUAUUCGUCACAUCCGUGCAGACAAGCGUGUUAAUGAAUGGAAGACCCCUGGUAAGAAGUCCAUUGUUAAGUGUGCUGUUAACCAGAGACAAGUAGUCAUUGCACUGACGGGUGGAGAACUCGUCUACUUUGAAAUGGAUCCAACAGGUCAGCUGAAUGAAUACACUGAGAGGAAGGAGAUGAAUGUUGAUGUGAAAUGCAUGAGCCUUGCCACUGUGCCCUCGGGUGAACAACGAGCAAGGUUCUUAGCUGUAGGUCUUGAUGACAACACCGUACGCAUCAUCUCUCUAGACCAAUCAGACUGUCUUCAACCUCUGAGUAUGCAAGCUCUACCAGCCCCUGCAGAAGCUCUAUGUAUCAUUGAGAUGGGAGGUACUGAAGCCAGGGAAGAUACUGGUGAGAGGGGUAGCUCAGGGGGUCUCUUCCUCAAUAUUGGUCUUCAGAAUGGUGUAUUACUAAGGAUGGUAUUAGACUCGGUGACUGGAGAUCUUUCAGAUACGAGAACAAGAUACCUCGGUUCAAGACCCGUUAAACUCUUCAGGAUUAACAUGCAAGGAUCAGAAGCUGUUCUUGCUAUGUCUAGUAGAUCUUGGUUGAGUUACUGGUAUCAGUCUCGGUUUCAUCUCACACCACUGUCAUAUGAAACCUUGGAGUUUGCUUCUGGAUUCGCCUCAGAGCAGUGUCCUGAAGGAAUUGUUGCCAUCUCCACAAACACGCUUAGGAUCUUGGCCUUGGAGAAGCUAGGAGCUGUGUUUAACCAGGUAUCAACGCAACUGAAAUUCACGCCUAGAAAGUUUGCCACUCACCUUGAGAAUAACAACAUUGUUGUGAUAGAAUCAGAUCAUAAUACAUACACAGAUGCUACCAAAGCACAGAGGAAACAACAGAUGGCUGAGGAAAUGGUUGAAGCAGCAGGGGAGGAAGAGAAGGAGCUUGCAGCUGAGAUGGCUGAAGCUUUUCUCCAGGAGGAGUUGCCGGAGUCUACCUUCAGCUCCCCUAAGGCUGGAUCAGGGAUGUGGGCAUCUACAAUCAGGCUUCUUAACCCGGUACAAGGACAGACUCUAGAUAUGGUGGAGCUAGAACAGAAUGAAGCAGCAUUCAGUCUUGCAGUAGUGAAGUUUGCCAAUCGUGAGGAUGAGACACAUGUCUUAGUAGGGACAGCUAAAGAUGUGACAUUGAGUCCCAGGACCUGCUCUGGAGGUGCUAUACAUACAUACCUACUCACAGAAGAAGGAAAGAAACUAGAAUUCUUACACAAGACUCUUGUGGAUGAUGUACCAUCGGCCAUCGCUUCGUUCCAAGGAAGGGUCCUCAUCGGAAUAGGAAGACUUCUCAGGAUAUAUGAUCUGGGCAAGAAGAAAUUACUCAGAAAAUGUGAAAAUAAGCACAUUCCAAACUUCAUCACAAACAUCAUGACGACCGGUAACCGUAUCAUCGUGAGCGAUGUUCAGGAGAGUUUGCACUUUCUCAAGUAUAAGAGGCAAGAGAAUCAGAUGGUUAUCUUUGCUGAUGAUAGUAACCCUCGAUGGAUAACAGCCACGUGCCUCCUCGACCAUGACACAGUCAUGUCUGCUGAUAAGUUUGGAAACGUCACUGUGCUGAGGUUACCUGCAAGCAUCAAUGACAACGUAGAUGAAGACCCUACAGGGGUGAAAGCACUUUGGGAUCGUGGUUUGUUGAACGGAGCAUCCCAGAAGACUGACGUCAUCUCUAGUUUCUUCAUUGGUGAGACAGUCCUGUCGUUACAGAAGGCUACUCUCAUUCCUGGAGGAUCAGAAUCUGUUGUCUAUACCACUCUAUCUGGAGCCAUUGGUGUUCUGGUACCAUUCACCUCGCACGAGGACCAUGAUUUCUUUCAGCAUCUUGAAAUGCACAUGAGAUCAGAGUAUGCCCCACUUUGUGGAAGAGACCAUCUCUCCUACAGAUCAUACUACUAUCCUGUAAAGAACGUGAUUGAUGGUGAUCUGUGUGAACAGUACAAUUCUAUGGAUCUAUCCAAGCAGAGGACUGUUGCUGAAGAACUAGAUAGGAAUCCCAGUGAAGUUUCGAAAAAGCUGGAAGACAUCAGAACGAGAUUUGCCUUCUAAGUAUUGGACCUUACUAAAUCUACAGACUCUGAGCAAUUGAAUCAUUGCAAACUUUUAAGUGAACAUUAGAUCUGCCUGUCUGGGAUUCAUAUCUCCAUUAUGUAAAAGCCAUACAACUCUAUCUCCAGUUAGUUCAGCUUUAGCAGUUGUAUGACAGUGAAGGUGAUCCAUAAAGAAGGAUUGAUUUCGAGGUCUGACACCUGCUGACAACAUUUGAAGCCAAUCAUGAUCAGACAGGCCUACGCUAUGUGUCAUCAGUGAUCAAAAGCAUACCUGCCAACUUUUGUUGAGGAAACUUUGGAAUCCACAUCAUGUUAAAUGUCCCUGACAAUGAUUUCUUCGCUGUUCUGCCUGAAACACGAGUCAUUGAAGUACUAGGCUGGGUUUGAAGUCUUUGGAGAUGAUGGCCAUGUAACAUUACCCGGCAUAACAGGCUUUGUAGACUUUGAAAGGUCACCAGUCUUUAGCUGUAACCUGUAUAUCAGACUUUGUAGCUCUCAGAAUGCUACAAGAUUUAGAAGAUGAUGCUUUAACUGUUGUCUAUAGAGCAGUUUACAAAGAACUUGGUCGUCCUCCAUUCUGUUAAGAUGUAACUUUAACCGUUUUCUGUGGAACAGUCUGGCCUGUAUUUAAACUAUGAUCUGAAGUUGUGGUAUAACUCUGGAUAUCCAAUGGUGACAUAAGUAUCUAACAGUAGAGGUUCAAUUUAUCUGCUCAUUUGACACUCAAAUAAUUCCUAACUUUCUGGGAAUGAUAAAUGAGAUAGUUGUCUUCACCAUUAAAUAAUUAAGAAAGGUCAUGGUAAACAUAAGAAAAAUACAAUGUAAACAGAAUUUUGACACCUUUGCCUUCGUAUAAUUUUAGCAAGGACUAAGGCCAUGGUAUUCGUUAAAUUGGACUUGAGAAUAUGGGCUUCUGUGUCAUUUGUUUCUUAGUAGAGCAUUGACGUUGCAGUCUGCGCUACUUUAUUUGAGAUGAAGUGGAGGCAUGUUCUUUUGUUUUUGUUUUCUUCCUCAAUCAAGAGUAAGUGUGUCCCAUGACUGGAGUAAAGUUUAAUGGUAUUCAUAGGACUGUAUGACUUUUCUAUAGUGUACCAUAACAUCUGUGUGUACAUCCACUACUUACACAAUUUUUAAUGCAUAUGUAAUUCUGGGAGGCUGAUAUCCACAGACAAGUUUGAAUUAUAAUCAUGUCAGACUAAGUGCAGCUAUAUUGGAUUUGCAUUGAUAGCAAUCUGGUUAUUUAUAAUGCGCUUCUGACCUACACCAUACUUAUCUAAGCGCUAUCAGAUUUAUUAUUACCCAAGUCAUCAGAUUCAAUCAGUCAUUCCCACACACAAUAUAUGCACAUCCUCCACUCCCUGGGGAGUAUUCCAACCAGUUGCACACAAUGCUAGAGAUGCUACAAUGACUAAUACAUCUUGCCAGGUACCCAUUUAGCACCUGGGUGGAGAGUGGAAAAGUGAAAUUAAUAUUGCUUGUAAUCAUACAGUUAUCUAGGACUUAAAUGGGAAUAAAUAAAUGGGCAUUUCCAUUUACAGGACAUUUUUGAGAUGAUAUGUCUCAGUGUUUUAUUUUCCAUAUGAAAAGUUGUAAUGCUCUUGAAUUAUCAUGGCUUGCAUAGUUCAUGAAGUGAAG